GGCUCCCCGCAACCUUGAUAACAUCUCAUAACAAACUGGUUAUAAUGACUCCUUGAUCUAUGGAAUUGUGUAACACUAUGAUAGUAUCAGAGCACAUAAAACUCCAUUAAAUGGUCUUUCUACUUCAUUUAAUGUCUUAGAAUGUAAUAUAUAUGAUGGAUUUUUUUGCAACUGCUUUGUAAAGUCAAUUGGUUCUGUCAAUUGCAUAUAAAAUAGCGAAUUGAUGUUUAGUUAACUUGAGAAAAGCUAACAACAGCGAGUCUGCGGUUAGUGAAUUGAAGGAAAUUUGAGCUAUAUUCGACAAAUUGUCAUUUAGGAGAACAUCACAAGAAAGUUACAGCAUUAGAAUUAACGAACCAGAGCUGCAGUUGCGUGAUGCCUACUUUUUCAUGAUUUACGGAAGAUUGGGCACUAUUUUAUUGGUUAAUAUCAAACAAUUACCGGAAGGAGUAACUAGAACAAUAUCCUUGUAAGAAUUUUAUGCAUCUUUUAAGGUAUUUUAAACAGCAGACAAGCUGUUUAAUAGUCAGUCAUGAUUAUAUGUUAGUCAUGUUCUAUUCUGCUAAUUAAACGUUAACUGCUCUACAAAUUAACGAUCUUGUUUUGUUACAGUCUUACUAUUUAUGAUAUGAAAUCUGAAAAGGAACACAUUUUCAUUUAAUGAAUGGAUAACUAAUGGAGAUAAUUUGGUUAUUUUCUGUGAAGGUCAGUCCAUGCACCUAAAUAUUAGUAUCUAAGGAUUAUCAAAUAUGAAUAAUAUUAACCAGAGACGGAGCCAGCAACCUCAAUAAAUCCACACAUCAAACGAAUAAAAAAUUAACAUUUGAUUUAUAUUUUCCGUUUGUUCGAAACAUUAACUUAUUCUUAUAUUGUAUCAUUUGAUUCGUUAAUUUAUGUUUUAGAUGUAUGGCACGUGCUGUGGAUGUAAUGACUAUGUAUCUCUUUAUCUUUAGUAUCUACCAAUAAAUAUCUAAGGUUGCUCCAGGGGAACAUUUGAUUCCUACGGAGAAAACAGAUACCAGUGAUCGCGUGUCGAGUGUUGAUAAAACCACUUAGAUUUACAAUUGCAGAUUUCUGUUCGUUUAUAUCGUAGGCUGCUAAAAUAACAAACGUGGAUGAAUUUGUUGAAAUAUUCAAUUUACUGAUUUUUCUCACUGACAGGUCAGUUAAAUGCUUUCUAAUGUAGUGUUAUUUAUCUGUAGACAUUAACAGGUUGUGCAUACAGAGAACCAUUUCUUAACUUGGUGUUAUAUAUAAAAAAAAACGUUUGCGUCAAGUUUUUAACAAAAGGCAACAAAAUCAGAAUGGAAUUUAACAAUACAGCGGAAAAUAUACACUGUUCUAAUUGCAGUUUGGAUAAUGAAAGGUUUAUGUUCCAAAUUUCCGACUUUCCGAAAGACCUAGCUUUCCCAAUCUACGGAGUUCUCACUCCAAUUGUCACCAUUCUAACACUUGUAACUAACAUCCUUGUAGUUUGUGUGUUUAUGAAACGUCGGAUGCGAUCAGUUACAACAGUGUUUUUGGUUGGACUAGCAGUGUCAGAUACCCUUGGAGCAUUUCUAUGGAGUUGCGUCCAUUUAUUUUUUUAUGGAAUAAGACAAAAACCGUAUACGGAGCCGAUAUCAUACCCGCUCUGUGUGUUUCAUGAUUAUGGAUUGUAUAUUGCAGUGAUUCUUCAUACCAUUUCAGUGUGGUUGACAAUGACUUUAGGAAUUCAGCGUUGUAUUAUAGUUGUAUUUCCGUUCAAAGGACCAAGAAUUUGGACCAUGAAAAACUCCGUGAUCAUGACGACAAUGUCAUACCUCAUCGCUAUUGUUUUCUUUAUAUUCUUAUUUUUCAUGAAAGAUUACUCAGUGAAAGAAAUGGCUGAUGGUUCUCAAAUUUGCAUGGAAAGCUAUGCCGACUGGUUUAAUCAGAACAUUUCUACAUAUAUGAGUAUUUAUCACGUGCUAAGAAGUGUUGCAGUCCAGUUGCUUCCAUGCUUGUCUAUGAUGGUAAGCACCGCUGUUUUGGCUCAUAAACUCAGGAACGAGAAAAUUUUCCAAAGGGGAAUGUCGAAAAAAAUAGGAGUUGGACAAAAAAAGGAUUACCAGCACCGACACCGUACAACUUUAAUGGUUGUCAUCAUAAUGAUUAUAUUUCUCAUUGUUGAAGUUCCGAAUGGAAUAGUAUUUGCAAUAAAAAUAUAUGACCCUGACAAUACAAUAAUGCCAACAAGUAUUGACUAUCCAUUUGCAAUUCUUCAUAAUUUUAUAUUGUUGCUUAGCUAUCACUGUAACUUUUGGAUAUACGUUGGACUUAGUGCUCGAUUUAGAAGGACCUUGAAAGAUAUGCUUCUUGGUUCGAGAGUAAAACGAACAUUUGAGCGAGUGAUGUCCAUGUCGCGGACUGAUUCCUUUUCACACCAAGGAUAUCCUCUAUCAACCAUGAAAAACAGGCAUAUAAAUGGGAACGGGUCAACUGUAGUCAAAUAUACAACUGUUUGUUCCGAGGGCUACAAUCAAACGCACUAAACACUGACACAUUCUGCAGUAUCUUGUUUAAAACAAAUUAUCAAGCCACAAUAUAAUCGUUCUAAUGAUAUCUGGAUAGGAAGGAAGUGUGCAUGAAAGUCUUCGUGUGGUGGCAUGCAGUCAUGACUUUUGUUUGUUUCUUUCUUUGAUAACCUUAAAGCUUACUGCGGAUAUUUUAUGUCAUAAAUUUCUGAACAAAUAAAUCAAUGGUAAGUCUGUUUAUGCAAUUUCUAUUCCCCGUAGAUUAACUUUCGCGUUUGAUAAAUAAACAAGAUGAAAAAUCUCCCCUUAAAUACAAACUAAAAGCAAGAUAAAGCGUGAAGGGUUUUGGCAGUGAUUUUUUUUGGAGGGAAAUCAAAAGUUUCAUUAUUUAUCAGAGAACCGAUCAAACUUUUAAGUAAUCAAUAAUUGUCAAUCUUAUCGAACAAUAUUUAUCUUCUCUAUACAUAUAACAUGCAAUGAAAAUAAUCACUACAUGAGUUUUACUCCUGUAAAAACUAAAACACAAACAUAUAAUCGAGCCCACCUACUUAUACACUCUGCUAAUAAAAACGAGAAUUUUCCGCCAUACAAUUUUUGUUAGUUAACCCGCUUUCUGCGUAACGAUCUGACAUUAAUUGGAAAAAUUAAAUUACUAAAAGAAUCUUUUACUGUAUAGACAGAUUCAGAAUGUUGCAUUAAUUUGUGCCAAUAAAUUUCUUUUGAAUAAAAAUAUCUUACAUUUAGAAUUGAUUUCAUUUUAAACUAGUUGCAAUAUUCUAGGGGAAAGUGGAAGAAAAAAAAAAUUCAAAGUUACUUUUCAAUAAGUAAAUUUCCAAACCAAACGUUGAUUAUUAGGAUUUGAUAAAGAUCAA